AUGAAUAGACUAAUAUCAGAGUUGACUUAUAGAAAUGAUCAUAAACAAGCAGUUUGUCAAUUAUACCGAGCAUUGCUACGGAAAACAAACCAAUUAGUAUGCAUUCCGGCUUCAAUAAACAAGUACGAAUUAAAAUAUAACAUACAAGAAAGAUUUAGGAACAACUAUGGAAGUACUUUUCAAAUAGCAGAGCAACUCUUUAAAGGUAUCACUUUAGACGAAGCACUAAGUCUAGCAUUAGGUGGCAAUUGGGGAAAAUUGAAAGAAUUCAUUGAUAUACAACGCAAGGAAGUUUUCCUGUAUCAAAGACGUCGAGCGGAUUACUUGAUCAAUAAAGAACAGAUAGAAGAAUCAGCUAAAAAGACAGCAAGAGGUAAAGUGAAACGAAACUUAUUAGCCAGAACCAAAAGAAAGACAAGAUACUUUGUUCCAGAUUUAUAUAUCCCAGACAAUGAAAAGCAGUUUAUUAAAGAUGGACUUGCAAAUGCAAACUACCAAGGAGAUACUGUCUUGAAACAAUUUUUGCACAAGUUGCAAAGCUUGAAAAAAAUACCUGAUCCUAAAUUGUUGCCUUAUUCUCCAGAGCUGAUAUUUACUAUUGGUGACAAUUUAGAUUUUAAUCACAUUAUCCGAGGAACCACUUCCAAGUCAUUAGAAAAUUUUGAUCAAGACAUCCUCAAAGCAAUAGUUAUACCGGCCAUGGAGUAUGAUAUCAAUAAAAUGUAUUUGGAACAAUUGAAAAAUGCUCUUGAUAAUAAAGGUCCUUAUCAAGCCACUGUUCAUGAAGCAUUGGCAGGAACUGUACCUGUUCCAUAUAUAAUGCAACCGACUAAAAAAAAGAUUGGUCGAGAAGAAAUUGCAAAACUAAUCAAAAAGCAAAUAUUCUUUCGAAGAAUGAUCAAUAUAUGGGAAUCACAAACCCAUUUAACAGAAGAAAACAAACAAAAAGAUGGAAGCUAUCCCAUCAAAGGUAGCCAUGGAUUUGGUCCUGAUGAACUUAUAUAUCCAAGGGAAUAUUAUCAAGAGCUAUAUGAUGCAGAAGAGAUGUAUGAGAUAUUGCUACAGAUACAUAUAAAUGAUUAUAACGGAAAACCAAACGAGCCAAUAGAUUUAAAACAAUUUGCAUGGAGUGAGAGCUUAGAUAUUGCUUCGAUAUAUCUUCGCGAUGCUUAUAAGCAAGUAGUUCAAGAUUCCAAAAUAGAUUUCAAGACAUUACAAGAGCACCUUCAAAAGUCAUUCAACAACCAUUAUGACGAGCAAGUUGAAAAGUAUGAGCAAUUAAUUGCAAACUUACAGAAACAUAACGUUUUUAAACAUAGCGAGAUUGUUUCACCUCCAGGUUCACGAAGUAUUUCUGAUGUUGCUGCGAAAAGAUCCAUUAAUUUCUUCCCCCAAACGGAAAUAAUCGGUAAAGGAAAAACUCUUGGUGAAUUUAUGGCUGAGCCUGGCUUUAAGCAUUACAAGUAUGGCUACAAGCUUACCAAGAGGAUAGCCCAAAUUAUGAGCAAGUUAGGAAAAGACUUUUGA